CGAAACCAUAGUACCUAUAUGUACAGUGACGAGUGUAAGUGUACGUAGGCUUCUUGAAGUGUGGUGCGUAUAAGCAGCGUAUGCUGUUUUUUGACAAUCUCGCAAAAAUAUUGUUGCUUGUGUGUCAUGGAAAGAAACUUAAAUUUUUCUCACAAUAUUUAUAAAAAUGAUCCCUUGCUGUUUAAGAGCUACGUUGGUAAGGAAGUAAAUAUUUUAAAUAAAGAUGACUCAGCGGUUACUGGGAUCGUUUAUACGGUUGAUCCGGUAUCAGAAAGCAUUGUGUUGUUACAAGGCUGCCAACAGAACCAUUUGAAACUCGUUUUUGGGCAUGUCAUAAAGAAUAUAGAAGUUCGCUCGGAUAAAUUACACGAAUUACCAACAUUAUUUAUGAAUCCGCAAACGUGUCUUCUUCAAUCAACAUUAGACGAACGGAAAAACGCAGUUGUUAAAAUGCUCCGUGAAAAUAGAUUCCCGGUUAAAGAGAAAGAGAACAUCUUGAUGAUCGAAGAUGUUCUGUCUAUAAAGCCGCCGUACAAGCCCGACGACUGUAUAUCUGCGAACAGUAUUAUUUUAGGAAGAAUACAAAAUCUACUCUCUUGUGUAAAAAUUUAAUAGCUCGAAUACAAUAAACAAUAUGGGAACGUCGACUUUCGAAUGUAUUAAAAACUCGAGGAAACUUAAAUAUUUGCUAUCCAAAUUUUAUUGUUUAACAAUGAUAUACGAACAAAAUAAUCAUUUAAACUAUCUAUCAUAAGUAUCGUAUCUUAUAUAUCGUAAGUUAGAAAUAUUUAAAAUAUCUAUCAUUAAAUGUAGACCGCAUUUGCUAAAAGAAAAUAGUUCCGAUUUAGAUUUAUAUCGUUCAUUAAAAUAAAUUUCGAUAUACUUUAUAAUAUUAUUGCAAUCAUCGCGAAAUUAAAAUGUUUCUUCUAAUGAAGAAUGCGACGAUAUAAAAAACAUGUUUGUAUAUGUAUUUAACCGACCCUGAAACAGGAUACAAUCGCUUUUAUAAAAAGAUUAAUUAUGUGGUCGUUUAGUUACGAUAUGUUAAUUUAAUAAAAAAAUACAUGAAGUUACCUUUCUAAGUGUC